UGUCCGCUGUCACUUGUUUUUUGGUCCAGGCGUGUUGUGGUUGUGUAAACGCCGCUGGCCCUCUUUUUCUGAAUCCAAAACUCCCGGCGCACGCUCUCCGGUAUUGUACAUAUCCGGGAUCCACGAUGCUGAACCUCCUGCGACGGCGUCCGGCGUCAGUGCCCCUCAUUCGGGCCACCUUCAGCGCUUCCUUGCACACAACUGAAAACCGACCCGGUUACAUAGUGCUAGUUCCGGAGAUCGGCGAGGAGGGUCCACUGGGCGAGGGCGUCCUGAAACCCGAUGGACUGCCUGCCUUCAGUGACAUCACCAUCGAAAUGUGCCUAGGAGCCAUUGGCCAGCAGGCAUCCGCAGUGGAGAACUCGGUUAAGGCGCUGGAGACUGACCUGCAGCAGGGCAAGCAGCUGGACGCAGGCGGCAUUUUCCGGGAACUGGACACCGUCACCGGGCCCCUAGAGACAACGUGGGGAGUGGCCAAAGCUCUGUACCUGGGCAACUCCACGCUGAUUCCCACCAAAUCGUACAUGAACAUCCACGAGCGUGCGCGCAAUGCACGGGCGGCCAAGUUCUGCAACCAUACGGUUUACAAGGCCCUUAAGGAUGGAGCCGCCGAAUCCGCCGGACAGGAUGAACAGAGACUGCGGCAGAAGUUCCUGUUGGAGGGCCAGCUGAACGGGCUCACCCUGGACAAGGAGAAGCAGGACGGGUUGAAGGAACUGCUCACCCAUUUGGGUCGCGAGCGGGCCAGCUUCAAGAACAAGGUCAACAUGGCAGUGCACUCGUUCGGUCAAGUCAUUACGGACUUCAACCUGGUCAGGGAUUUCCCGCCUCCCCUGCUAGAGGCCACAGCACGCGAUCCCGGUCAGCCGCUGGAGGGUCCCUGGAAGAUAACGCUCCAGCCCCAGGUGGUCGACGGUUUCCUGAAGUACUGCCCCGAGCGACUGCAGCGCUGGAAUGUCUGGCGGGCCAGUGUUCUAAAGGCCUCCUCGCAGCAGGAGAAAUCCCUGGAGAACAGCACGCAUCUGGAGAAGAUCCGCGGCCUACGCAAGCGACAGGCGAAUCUUCUGGGCUACGCCAACUUUGCGGACAUGUCCAUGCAAACCAAGAUGGUGGGCAGUGUGGACAACCUGAAGCAGUUGUUUGCCAAGCUACUGAAGUUCGCCGGCCCCGCACAAAGCGUUGAGCUGGACAAACUGCAGAGAUUCGCCCAGGACAGCGGCUGUGACUACAAACUUGAGGCCUACGACGUGGCCUACUGGCGCCGCAAGCAGCUGGUGGCGGAGCAUGGUCUGCAGGAGCAGAAGCUCAGCGAGUUCUUCCCACUGCCCCGCGUUCUGUCCGGAAUGUUUGCGCUCAGCGAGAAGCUCUUUGGCAUCCAAAUAGUGGAACAGCCCAGUGCGGAGGUGUGGCAUCCUGCCGUAAAGUUCUACGAUGUGUUCGAUGCUGAUUCCGCUAAUAGUUCCACUCCGGUGGGCGGCUUCUAUGUGGACUGCUACUCCAAGGAGCACAAGUUCGGCAGGAACAACGGCUGGAUGGUGGGCAUAAGGAACAGCAAUAGAUCCGCCAGUUUGACGCCCCUCUGCGCCCUGAUCUUCAACUUUUCGGAGGGCAGAACCCCACUGCUGAGCUACGAUGAUCUGCAGAUGGUGUUCAAGACUUUCGGCAGCGGUCUACAACACCUGCUCACCCAGGCGGGCUACAGUGACUUGGCGGGACUGUCGAACAUCGAGUGGGAUGCUUCGCAGGUGUCCGGUCAUGUGAUGAGCAACUUCCUGGACGAUCCCACGGUGAUCAGAAGCCUCUCCGGGCAUUUUACCAGCGGUGAGCCACUGGAAGCCGAGCUCUCCCAAAAGAUGCGGCUGCUGAAGACCCAGCUGGCCGGGUAUAAUCUUUGCCAGGACCUGUACUUGGCGGAUCUCGACGUGGAGCUACACCGCUCGAAUGCCUUCUGGCUGGAAAUUGUGCGCAAGCUGUGGCCCGUCUACCACUGCAUGCCGCUGGACAAGAAGGACGCCCACCCCUGUUCCCUCACGGACAUCUUUGCCGGAGAUUGGGCGGCCGCCCAGUUCAGCCAUCUGUACUCCCGCCUGAUAGCCGCCGACAUCUCGAGCAGCUUUGCGGAGCAGCGCAGCGAGGAGAACUACGCGCUGGUUGGGCGGCGCUACAAGCAGACUUUCCUCAGCUCCGGCGGAUCUGUGCCCACGGCGGAGGUGUUCCGUCGUUUCCAGGGUCGCGAUCCCUCGGGCGAGGCCCUCCUCAAGUCCCUGGACAUAUUCGAACCCUCCCAGACCACGGAUAACAACUGAGGUUCACGCCCUGACCCGCCAACACGUUAUCUUCUGUGUGUAGUCAACUGAUAAGCUUGAUGUAGUGGUCGACUUAUCUGACACGAUAUCUUAGGGGAAAGUAAUCGCGUUACAAUAGUUUUUUAAAUAUAUUUUGUUAGAUAAUUGUUAACCAGUACUUAUUGGAAGGAAGUUUAUACAUUUGAGUUUAAAUUAGAUUUUUCCCCGCUGGCUUUAAUAAUGUACAUUAUUAUUUAUGGCAUAUUUACAGUGCCAAACUAUUUGCAAAGGUAUUUAGUACUUUCCCCCAUCAGAUUCAUUAGUCGACAGGUCGAUAUUACUAAUGGCAGUCGGAUUAUGUGAUAGCGAUCGCGUGAGUCAGGCGGGAUCUUAUCGCAGGUGUGCAGGUGGCACUGUUUACCCAGUUGAAACACAAAUUGUUGCUUUAUUUAAAUAAUACUUUAAUAAUAAAUUGCAUAAAUUUAUAACAUUUAA